ACAGUUCACCAAAAUAAGGAAGACGGUUGAUUCAGAAGAACAACUGGACAACAAUCCCUACUGGCUGCGAUUUAUUACAGUGGAAAACAAUAAGUCACGUUUGGAUGAUGAGAAUGGCAGUGUGGAUAGUGACAACAUAGUCAAAUUAUCUAAUGAUGAAUUUUGUACCACCGAACUCACUGACACCAAGGUAGAACAUGAGCAAGGAAUGACCUCAGCAACGCCAAUACCAUUUGAAGUGUUCAAGCAGUCAUCUAUGUCGUCCUCUCCCAGUGCAAGUUUUGAUAAGGGCACUAGUCAAAGCAGGACAAAUUUCAACAAGAGACAGUCUGUAGAAGAUGAUUAUAUUAAACACAUAUUAGAAAAUGACAAACUAAUGCUCCAUAAUCAGUGCAAAAGACUUAAACAAGAUGAAGAAUUAUUGAAAUCUGCCACAAUGUUUUUUAAUGCAAUGACUACAUAUGUAAAAAACUGUCUGAACAAUUUUGAAAGUAAUUCAGAUUUUUCAGUGUUAAACAGUUUUCCAACAUAUGUCACCAAUAACAGUAUGAAAUUUACUGAUGUGCAGCACUCGUCAUCUACUGAUAAUGCGAACAUAACAGAGAACCACAAUGGAGCCUUCCAGAUUGGCAAACAUUCAUCACAUUGUAAUGAAUUACAAUGUGACAGCAUGCCAUCAGAUUUGAUCAAGUCGAGAAUUGAAUCAAACCCUCGUGAAGAUAAAGAGAAAGAACAGAAAUAGAAAGAUUUAAAAUAUGUGCAAGCAACAGCUUUAGAAGGACCCAGUAUGGACUUGAACAACUUCAGCCCUGCUCACGCAGACUUGAUGGCUGUCUUGAAUAGCUACAUAAGGCAACUCUACUGCAAAUCCAACUGUGUGAGCAAGCUAACCAAAUGAUUAUAUCCAGCGAGUUGCAUACAAGCAGGAAUUACACAGUAUGAGAGACAAAAAUGGAGUUGGAUCCAGUGUUGGAGAGCUUGUGGAGUGUGACAGAGGCAGAAGAAGCACUAGACUUGAACACAAGUGAAGAAGAGGACCAUGUUUACAAGUGUGACAUGUAGAAAGACAAAACAUUGAUUUAAUAAGAAUAGUUAAUCUGAAAGCAAGUUAUUAAGAAAUCUAAUUUCUACACAAACUCACAUGUAAUUACUAAUCCUGUUACAUUGUCUUUGUCCUUGAUAACUUCGGAACUGACAUGGAAUUUCAUGAAUCUUGCUUUGAAUGCUGUACCACAGGAUGUCACCCUUGCCUUCAUACUUUUAAUUCCUUUUUAUCAAUAAUGUGAGCAUAACAAGAACUUCUGAGGCAGGAGUGGAGUGGCACUAGGGUAUAUUUUUUUGUAGUGAGAUUAAUGAGCUUCCCAUCAGAUGGAAGUAUGAUGUGUGCAAUUUGAUACUGAGGUGUUAAUAGAUAGUCUUAUAAACUUUUUACCGACUGGGCUACUGUUACGUCGCCGUUGUUUACUUGUUCGCUGACGCGGCACAGUACAAUACGCCUUGUGUUGCCUGACAAUAGCAUUGGAGUUACGCUCUGUGCCAUUCCCAUCUCCAAUCGAAACGUGGUUGUAGUCGGUUUCGUAUACCACAUUAACAACAAUAAAACCACAGAUUGAACUUGUGUUUAUCUAAAGGCGCAUUUGGAAUGUGUUAGGAACGAAGACGAAAUGGAGCGAAACUUAUGCACCAACUGCUCCUGUUGUAUGUUUUCCUUGUGGGAUUCUACGUAAUAGGCUGUUUGUUGGAAUUAUCUGUGGUAUCAAAUUAUGUAUUCAUCAUUAGACACGCAAAACAGUUCAGGGAUCACAGAUUCUACUGCUUCAAGUAGGAGCUUUCGUCUGUAAUAUUUUGACGUUGAAGGUGUGCAAUGUCACGUCGGGAUUUGUACGCAAAAGGCUCAGUUGGCUGAAUGUGCUAAGACGAUUAAUAUGCACAUUGUUCGCAACUGCUCCCAUUAUGAUAUAUCGAGUUGAGGCUGAAACAGUGUAACUCCUUGACCAGAAAAAGAAGAUAUUUCUAAUUGCUUGAAAGCGAGUUUGAACUUUUGUCAUUGCAUGACAAGAAUUUUGGUUAUUGCUUCAAUGUUGUCAGCAGUUGUGACUAAUAUUCGCCGACUAGUUUUCAUUUGUUACGCAGUUAAAUGUGUAACUUUGAAUUUUGAUUAGUAAUGUUUUGCAGGAAAUUGGGAAAGUGUAUGACGUUGGACAGUGACAGUCAGUUUUGUGUUAUCUCAAGGUUACCGGGAUUCGAGCGAGCAAGUUUCAGAAUUAAAAAAUGAGUACAAGUCCUAGUUAUCAAACAUGGUGGUUUUCAGCAAAUUCGUAACUAUACCAACGUCUUGUAUAGAAUAUGUACAUCCAUGGACGGAAUCAUGUUCCAUUGCAACAACUGGGCUAGGAUUGCAUGCCGUACAAGCAUCUUUCAGAAUAUACGUUACAGUUUAUGUGUUGGCACUAAUAAUGCGAGGUAGAGUUCCGUCACAGAAAGAAAUCAAACAGACUCUUGUGGGAAUACUUAUAUCCUCCAUAUUUUUAGGAACCAAUGCUUUUGCAUUCCCAAUAUUUACAUGCUGGCUCAGAAAACUGCUUGGGCAUUUUAAUGUGCUUACAGUUGGUUUCUUGCCAGCUUUUUUUGCAUCUUAUGUAGCCAUUUUGUUGGAGAGACCCUCACGAAGAAGCAUGCUGGCACUAUAUGUUACAAAUGUGGCUACAGAGACUUUAUUUCAUAUGGCAGCGUGGAGAGGUCUUGUUCGGCCAGUUCCUUAUGGUCAGGUCUUAAUUUUUUCAACUUUCAUGACAGCUUUAAUCUACUUCUAUAAAGGGCAUCAAACCAAACGGGAUGCUAUGUAUAAUCUCCUGAGGUUUGUGGUUGGCCCUUAUGAAGAGUCUGGCUAUGCAGAAAAUCAUGAAAAUUCACCAUCCCUAGUUGAUCCUCCUGAGCUCCAAAGCUCUGGGUCUGCCGAGAGAGUCAGAAGACACUUACGAGGAAGAAAGCCAAGGAGUUUAAUAAAUGUCAUACCAUCUGCCUGUUGCAAAAUUUACCUCAGUCUUUUAAGGAAAAUACAAGGCCUCAGUAGGCAUACUGCAUGCUCUCAUCCAUUCAGUUGUACAUACUACACUCUUGAGGGUGCAGUAAAAUUGUUUGCUCUAGGAUACAGUCUCCAAGUGUGUCUCCGUAUCUUGAUGCAGAUGAAAAGGCUAAUCCGGAAACCAAGUUUGUUUCCAAAGUUACUGAUACACAGGAAUGCUUUUAAACUUGGAGCUUUCCUUGGAGGAUUCUCUGGAAUUUUUAAGCUUAUGUCUUGCUUGCUUCGUCGAAUCUUCAACAGAGAUUCAAAGUUGCAUGCAAUUCCAUCUGGUUUGCUGGCGGGCUUGACUUUUGGGUUCUUCCCUGACAACACAAUUGCAUUGUAUGUUAUGUGGAAAAGUUUGCAGAUUAUCUACAGUGAUGGUGUCCAGAGAGGAUAUGUACCUGAACUUCCAGGGGGGACAGUUCUUUUAUAUUCCUUCUCCACUGCAGUUCUGUUCCAUGCAGGAGUUCUGGAGCCUCAAAACCUACGUCCAUCUUAUUGGAAAUUUUUGCACAGUAUCUCUGGAGGGCGGGUAUCAGCCAUGGAUCGAAAUUGCUUGGAUGCAUUUGGUUUGGGCACAUCCAAGUCUCUUACAGAGGUUCUUGCCAAAACAAACACACACUUGGUUUCAUACAGUGAGCUGUUAUGAUCUUUGUGAGUAAUUCCACUUUAUGGUUGUGGUAACAGGUAUACACAAAUAGGAAUCCUGUAUCUUUUAUAUCGUAAAUUACUUGAGUUUUCUGAUUUUUUUUAAACCCUACAUUUAAGAAUAUGCGUAAAUAUUAUGGUACAAUAAUAACUACAGCAAAGAAAUUGGUAAUUAAGGUUAUUUUUAUACACAUCAUGGAAAUAAUUAGUUUAGUGGCAGUAAAUGUGAAGAUUUAUAAAAUAUGGGAAAUAUAAUAAAGUUAAAUCUGGUGUAAAGAUAUGAUACAAAUGGAUGAUAGUACUAGAUGUUGCCCGUGAUGUGAACUUUCUUAAAUUAUACAAUAACUGGCAGUGAAAUAGCUGCAUGCACAAACAGGCUAGAAAAUUAGUUUUUAAUAUUUGAUUAUUUCAAUCACGGAAUAGUAGACGUGUACACAAUACUGCCAAGCUGUAAGAACCAUACUGUUAACUUAUAGUAUUAUAGUGCAUGACAAAGUUAAAACAAAUAUUUCAAGAUCACAACCUUGUAGCCUUUCUACAAACUAUUGGUCAUCUGCUGCUUGUUUUGAAUUCUAGUAUAGGGAGCCAGAUAUGUUGGUGUGCUGUCAGAUGUCAAGGUAGGCACAAAAUAAUUCCUUUUCAUUUCAGUUUUAUGUAAAGCAUGGGCUGUUCCAUUUGGGGUUCACUAAAACAGUCAUUAUUUUGUACCUAAAUUUAUUCAUUUCUAAACUUUGUAUUACAAAUUAUUAUUACUUCACUCAGUAAAAUAGCUACCUACAGGUUGAAUGACCAAGGUUCAAUUUCUGGCAGCAGCUGAAUAUUUUUGUGUACCACCAGUGUUUAUAUGAGUUCUGGAGCACUUAUCCUUUCCAAAGCAUGCUUAGACAAAGCAGCCAGAGCAAGAAAAUUAUCACUUUCAUCCAGAGCCAAGGUCUGUAAUAUGUAUGAAGCUUUUCCUUUACAUGUUGUAUGUGUCAAUGGCAUACCGCUGUGUAUUUGUAGAACUUUGUCUUUACUGCAUUUAUUAUUCUUGAUGGCGUGUUCCAAGUCCUAUAUUAUAUAGAUUCAGAAUUUUAAUUUUGUGUUAAGUUGAAAAUCAGUGUGAACUGUUUUUCCUGCCAGUAGGUUUGAAGUGAUAUAUUUUUUAAUCAAGUAAUAACAAUUCUUAUUGCUUUCAUAAUGCUCCUGUUAACAUGUUAUCUGGUGAGUGGGACCUUGCACACUACUAAAGUCAAAUUCUGCCACUGGAUAAAAUCCAGUUCCAUCCACAUACCAGUCUCACAAUCUAUUUUCUUGAGAUCCCCAACCUAAUCUGUAUCCAAAUUUUCUUUUGCUACAUCACUGACUAGUGACUCCCAGCUCCUAAUACUGUAUGAACUACUUAAGGUAUUCCUGAAAGUUUCAUAAGAUACAUUUCCGUGGUGAAGGUUUGAGAAUCCAAAACCGUGAGAGCCACUCCUAUUGACCAGCUGUGGUCCCUCAGCUGUCUGAAGGCUAAAUCCAUCCUCAGGCUGACUCACUAUACCAUAGUGGCAGUAGGCCCAAUUAAUGUGGGAGUUAUUUUAAAAUAUUAAGGGACUGUGAGCCCUUCUGAAACCAUAGCAAGACAUAUGAAGGAAAAACUGCCAUAGGAAAUGUAAAAUUGUAAUUAUUUUAUGAUAUUGGACUUGGAGAUAAUUGUAUCUCCCCCUUUCCUUUCCCUUCAGUGGUAGGUUUGCCUUUUUAUGCUGGUAACAGUAUAAGAAAAAAGAACAUAUAGCUCACUGUAUGAAUGUAUGUUGAGAGUUCUCAAGAAUGGUUUAUAUCAUAAUAACAAAUAUGGAAUUCCUAUUAGGUUGAACAUUUGGAUUGUAUUUACAGUUAAUGUUCCACAUUAUAUUUGAUGAAUUUAUUAACUAGAUUAUACAAAAUAAUAUUUUUAUAUCAUUAUAUGUAUAUAUCACUGGAUGGAAGUUGACAGUAUUGAACAAUAAAUUGUUUUCAUUACA